CCUGCCCUGACAUCAUUUACUACACUCACAAAUCACCAUUCCGAGAUUACCUCUGCUGCUCAUACACACUUCUACUGGAAAUUAUAUUAUAUUUAUAUUUCUUCGUUGUCGUUUAUUCUGAGGAUAUCUGUAAUAAUAGACCAAAAGAAGUCUGAUAUGUGUGUGUGUUUUUCCUGAAACUCUGCAUGUUUGCUGGCAAAGCCCUGGCUGGCUAGUUGUGUGCUAGCGUGCUGCCUGAAAACCCCGCUGUGCCAGGAUCACCAAACAGCUCGCUUUUUUACAUUAACGCCACGGGAUUUUGCUGUUUAACCGGAUUCAUUUAAGUGUCUUGGCAGCUCUGGUGAUCUGUGCCCCUGUUUGGAUGCUUGUGUGUCUUCAGUGAGAACAAGUGUACAUGUCAGGAAAGGUUUAAAGUGCACAUAUGAAUGAAACCAAAAGACAACCCGAGGACGCCUGAUGUUUCUCUGACAUCUGAUAAAAUGAUGCCUGUGAUUUUGACCGUGUAUUUGAGUGAUGGCGAGCAGACUCUGACGGAGGUGCCCAUCACUCCAGAGACGACAUGUCGUGAUGUGGUGGAGUUCUGUAAGGAGCCGGGCGAGAGCGGCUGCCACCUGGCUGAAGUGUGGCGUGGCAACGAGAGAGCAAUUCCUUUUGACCACAUGAUGUACGAGCACCUGCAGAAAUGGGGCCCAAGGAAACAGGAAGUGAAGUUCUUUUUGCGCCACGAAGACUCGCCCACAGAGAGCAGUGAGCCAGGGAGUCAGCAGUCUCAGGAGCAGGCGAACCGAAGGACUGGAAGCAGCUCUGAUAAGCACAAUGAAAAUGGGGUGGCAAACCCUCGUGUGGAACUCACUCUCUCUGAGUUGCAGGAGAUGGCCACGCGGCAGCAGCAGCAGAUCGAGGCCCAGCAGCAGAUCCUGGUCGCUAAGGAGCAACGCUUGCGGUAUCUGAAGCAGCAGGAGCGGAGGCAGCAGCAGGCUGUAUCUGAAACAGAGAAGCUGCAGAGGCUGAACGAAAGAGUGGAAAGCCAGGAAGCCAAGCUGAAGAAGAUUCGAGCCAUGAGGGGACAAGUUGAUUACAGCAAGGUCAUCAAUGGUAACCUGUCUGCAGAGAUCGAGCACAUCAGCGGACUGUUUCAGGAAAAGCAGGCAGAGCUUCAAGCAGCCGUGCUCCGGGUAGACCAGCUGAGUCAGCAGCUGGAGGAGUUGCGCAGAGGAAGACUCAAUGGCCUGCAAGGCCUCGGGGGUCAUGUCACCGGCAACGCUGCACUGGAGCUUCGCAAGCUUUACCAAGAACUACAGAUCCGUAACAAGCUGAACCAAGAGCAGAACACUAAGCUACAGCAGCAGAAGGAGCUGCUGAACAAGCGCAACAUGGAAGUGACGCUGAUGGACAAGCGCAUCAGCGAGCUCCGUGAUCGCCUCUAUAAGAAAAAAGCUGAGGCACGUCAAAAAGAGAACUUGCCUCUGAACCAUGCAAAUGGACCUCCGUCACCCCAGCCAACUGCAGGCAGUACAGGUCGAGUGGCAGCAGUUGGGCCCUAUAUCCAGGUCCCGGUGCCAACACGCUCAGAGACCAACUACAUGGUUCCACCGGAUCCUCUUAAACCUCAGACACUGAGCAUGAACACUCCAGCCAACCAUGCUCGAUCUAAAUCAGACGGUGUGAGAAAGCCCCCUGGCCCAUGGAAGGUCUCUGAUUUAGACAUCAUAGUGGACCCGUUCCCACCGUCUACCUUGGAAUCUGGCCCAGGCCAAGGGGUCUCUGGCACCUCCGGCUCCACAGAGGGGUCAGACGGAGUCUCUUCUAAUGAUGCAGGCUGGCCUACCCUCAGCAAGGGCAACACAUCUCUGAAGCCUCCAGACUGGAAAGAAUCAGUCGGAGACAUUCCCAGCAAAACAGCAUCUCCUGCUGGCACCCCGUCAGAUAAGGUUCAGGAUAUGAAUAAACUGGGCUUAGCUCAACCUCCUCCGUGCAAGCCCCAGCCUCCUCCAUAUGGCACCCACACCAGAGCCCAUACACUUUCAUCCAUCAAUUCUGGCUCCACUGGCUCGCUGGACCGGCGUAAAGAUGUGCCACCAUGUCCUGUUCCCUCUAACCCCAAUGCUCCACCUCCACCUGCCUGGCCACGUGGCACCUCUACUGGCUCCUCUUCACAGCAGAUUCAACAACGGAUCUCAGUCCCUCCCAGUCCCACUUUUGGGCCCAGCUCUCCACUUUACCCCCCGGGAGAGAGGUCUGAUCCCCCUCUAGCUGUGGCAGUGCGCCCUUUUAUCCCAGACAGGGGCUCUAGACCACAGUCACCCAGAAAAGGCCCGGCCACUAUGAACUCAAGCUCCAUUUAUCACAUGUACCUACAGCAAGGGGUGCCCAAGAAUUACCCUCUUGGCAAGUCUGCUGUGAAAGCAGGUAGAAUACUAACAUCCAGUCUGGUUGCCUUUUCUACAGAUUUGGUGUAUGGAAAGCCAGUUCUAUCCUCAGGCUCUACUCCCACCUCCCCGCUGCCCUUCCCAGGCUCUGGACCUUUCUCUGUGCUACCUGGCCCUGUAGGCGAUGUGUGUGAUGGUGAUCUGGAGUUUGAUGGCCCGACAGCAGGUUUCCCAGAAUCCUCUGGACCCGGCGUGGAUCACAUCCCUCGUCCACUCAGUCCCACCAAGCUCACACCCAUGGUUCACUCACCCAUGCGUUUCCAGAGUGAUGCUGAGCUCGAGGCCCUGCGCAGAAGGCUGGCGAACGCACCACGUCCACUUAAGAAGCGCAGCUCCAUCACAGAGCCUGAGGGACCCAGUGGGCCGAACAUCCAGAAGCUCCUUUACCAGCGCUUCAACACUCUAGCUGGUGGAAUUGAAGGAGGCAUUGGAGGAGUGGGAGGAGGCAGUGCAGUCACCCCCUUCUACCAGCCCACAGAAACAGCAGCGGUAGAGAUGCUGGCCGAUGCCGAUAAUGGUAACGAGUCUUAUGAAACACCAGCUUUGACUGUUUCUGGCACAGAGGAGGUGCCCUCGCAAGAUGUACCCGAGGGUGAUGCCAAUGAUAAUGAGCCAGUGCAGUCAGUCAGUGAAACAGCGGUCCCAACACCACCGGAGCCAUCAGAAGACGACAACAAUAACAUCCCAGCAGUACCUGUGACCACUCUACCUAGCCCUGUGCAUGAAGCCAGCUCCCCACUAGAGGCAGAAAGCCCUGCACCCUCUCAAGCCACGGAGAAGCGCACUAACUUGAAGAAACCUGACUCGGAGAGGACAGGCCAUGGCUACAGGGUCAAGUUCAAUCCGCUGGCCCUGCUGCUAGAUGCCUCACUUGAGGGCGAGUUUGAUCUGGUGCAGAGGAUCAUUUAUGAGGUGGAUAAUCCCAGCACCCCGAACGAUGAGGGCAUCACACCCUUACACAACGCAGUGUGUGCCGGUCACCACCACAUUGUCAAGUUCCUGCUUGACUUUGGAGUUAAUGUUAACGCAGCAGAUAGUGAUGGCUGGACACCCCUCCACUGCGCCGCUUCUUGCAACAGUGUUCACCUCUGCAAGCUCCUGGUGGAGUCCGGAGCCGCCAUUUUUGCCACCACCAUCAGUGAUGUGGAAACGGCAGCAGACAAGUGUGAGGAGAUGGAGGAGGGUUAUAUUCAGUGCUCACAGUUCCUUUAUGGUGUUCAGGAGAAGCUUGGCGUGAUGAAUAAAGGAGUUGUGUACACGUUGUGGGACUAUGAGCCUCAAAGUGCAGACGAGCUUUCGUUCCAAGAGGGCGAUGCGAUCACUAUCCUGCGCAGGAAAGAUGAUAAUGAGACAGAGUGGUGGUGGGCUAAACUUAAUGACAAGGAGGGCUACGUACCUCGUAACAUGCUUGGGUUGUAUCCCAGAAUAAAACCACGCCAGAGGUCCCUGGCAUAGCUGACCGCCCCUUUCUUGUCUGACUGACAGGAAUGAUGUCUCGGGGUGUAAGACCUCCAUUUUUCACCCCUCAAUCUUUGCUGAUCCAGAUCCUGCAGGGUUAAAGCUGCUAAACCAUGCCUUCCUAUUUGGGAGCACAACAGAGACACACAUGCAUACACACCCAAGAUAAACAAAAAAACCUCAGGUCCCAAGGUCUGCCCUAUUACUCCAGUAUUUUGCAUCUCUUCUUUCGACCCUUCAAGACUUGGUUUCUUCCCCACGUCAUGUAUCAUAGUCAUUAUACAUUUCUCCACCUCUAUGAAAGCACUACUUACUUGGGUUUAUAGCUUUUGUUUUAUAUCAUUGUUUAAGCAAUACCUGCUUAAAUAUGUGUUUUUAUCUGGAGCUUUUUAAUGCUAUUAUAUUAUCAACAAUAUGCUGGCAGUCAGAGCGUGGCUGCGUUUGCUUCCUACCAAGCUUUCGUUCAACAAGGGAAUCUUAACACUAAAGAUGCGAUUUGUUAUGGUUAGGGGUUGCAAGUGAGUGUGUGUAUUUAUGCUGCAUUCGUUUUGAGUUAAGAACAAAAGAAUGUUGUCUGGGUGAAUGAAUUUUCAGUAUAAAAAAAAGCAUUGAAAGUGAAAUGUAUGUGAGGAAACGAAUGGUUGUGUGUGUUAUAGGAGAAAAGAACAAAUGCUUUACAAAUUACAUAUGAUGUAUAAUACCUCGGCCAACAUAUUGCAAAGUAUCUGGUUCAUAUAGUAUGUAAGUUUAAGCAAGGGAAUUUGCACGUGCACAUACAGUGUUAUCUGUAUGAUUGGUCAUCCACCUCUCGUAUGAAUGAUGAGUAUGUGAGUUAAGUGUACAUGGAUGGGCUGCUGAGAGAUUUUUUUAAGAUCACAGCACAUGAUAAUUAUUUUAAAGAUGACACGUGGAGUUAGCAUAGCAUAUUGAACCUUUGAAUGAUGUGCAAGUGCAAAAAAAAACAUACUGGUGUUGCAGUACCAUUAUCAGUAACUAAACUGGCAGUACAUAAGUUUUACCCAAAGCCGUUAAAAUAUUAGUUUUUUUCCCUUGCACAAAUCAAAUAGUAUGAACCAAAUGCAUAUUUACAUUGUUUUACACUGUAUUCUUUUUCUUAAACAUUGAAUUACAUUGUGCCACUCCAUUUUCCAUCUCACUCCUCUUGAAAAUCGUGAGUUGAUCUUUAUGCCCUGCCUCUAAGGCAGUAAUGAGCUUUACCGUAGAGUUCAUCUGUAAAUACUGUGACGAAGCUCUAAAAUGAUUUGUGCUAUGUUAAGUACUUGCCUGUGCAGAUCUCUGUAUGGCAUAAAGAUAAAAACACUCGCAUCUUCUGUUCUCUACAUGUGCACAAAUGAGUAAUAAACAAAUCCCAGUACGACAUGGAGUUUUAG